GUGUCCUUCCGCGGGUAGAGGAAAUGCUGCUGAACCAAUCACAUCUGUGUUUACACCAUCACCUGUCAAACACACACCCGCGCCUGGAUUUUCUCUCUAUACGGAGCUGAAAAACAAAAUCAGACUGAAGUGUUUACGGUAAACGGUACCUGGACGGACUCUCUGGCAAUUGACCUUUUGCAGUGGAACAGCGGAACAAGUCUUAAACCAUGAGCUCAGUGGCAGUGUUGACACCGGAGAGCUUUGCGGAGCACCGCAGUGGACUCAAGGACCAGGAGAUUACAGGUUGCGUCCCGGAGGAUGAAGCCUAUAUCCCGACCUACCUGGAGGCCUUCCCUCCUCUCCCAGAGAAGGGCACCCCAGGGGAGCAGACUGUGGAGCAGCCGUCAGCUUGGGGCAUCAAGAUCAGGCCCAUCAAAGCCUCUGUCAUCACUCAGGUCUUCCAUGUCCCUCUGGAGGAGCGUCGAUACAAGGACAACAGCCAGUUUGGGGAGGGGGAGGAGGCUAAGGUCUGUUUAGACAUCAUGCAACGAACCGGCGCUCACAUCGAACUCUCGCUGGCUAAAGACCAAGGCCUGUCCAUCAUGGUUACUGGAAAACUGGAUUCUGUCAUGAAAGCUCGGAAAGAAAUCGUAGCACGUCUGCAGACCCAAGCCUCGGCGACUGUUGCCAUCCCGAAGGAGCAUCAUCGUUUCGUGAUCGGUAAAAAUGGCGAGAAACUGCAGGAGUUGGAGCUGAAGACGGCGACGAAGAUCGCAAUACCUCGACCUGAUGAUCCCAGUGUGAACAUCCGCAUCACCGGCACCAAGGAGGGAAUCGAGAAGGCUCGUCACGAAAUCCUCCUCAUAUCGGCUGAACAGGACAAACGAGCCGUGGAGCGUUUAUCUCUGGAAAAGGCCUUUCACCCCUUCAUCGCCGGAGCCCACAACCGCCUGGUGCAGGAGCUGAGCCAGGAGACGGGCGCGCGCAUCAGCGUCCCCCCGCCCAGCCUCCCCAAAGACGAGAUCGUCAUCACCGGGGAGAAGGAAGCGGUGGCACUGGCGCUGAACCGCAUCCGCGCCAUCUACGAAGACAAGAAGAGGAAGACCACAACGAUCUCAGUGGAAGUGAAGAAGUCCCAGCACAAGUACAUCAUCGGCCCUAAAGGCAACACCCUGCAGGAGAUCCUGGAGGCGACGGGGGUGUCGGUGGAGAUGCCCCCCCUCGACUCCGCCUCCGAGACCAUCAUUUUGAGAGGGGAGCCCGAUAAGUUAGGCCCUGCUUUGACUCAAGUUUACGCAAAGGCGAAGAGUGUUAUGGUGGUGGAGGUGACCGCUCCAGCCUGGCUCCAUCGUUUUAUCAUCGGCAAGAAAGGUCAGAACAUUGGACGGAUCACGCAGCAGCUCCCACGGGUUCAUAUCGAGUUUACAGACGGAGAGGAGCGGAUCAGUCUGGAGGGACCCACAGAGGAGGUGGAGCAGGCGCAGGCUCAGAUACAAGAGAUCAUCAAGGACCUGUUGGUGAGGAUGGACUACACUGAAGUUUUCAUCGAUCAGCGUUUUCACCGGCAUCUUAUUGGGAAAAAUGGAGUGAACAUUAAUCGGAUCAAAGAGCAGUACAAAGUAUCGGUCAGAAUCCCCCAGGACUCGGAGCGAAGUGGUCUGGUCCGGAUUGAAGGAGACCCCAAAGGAGUCCAGCUCGCUCGAAGAGAACUCAUCGAGAUGGUCCAGAGGAUGGAAAAUGAAAGAACCAAAGACCUGAUCGUAGAACAGAAAUACCAUCGGACAAUUAUCGGCCAGAAGGGGGAGAAGAUCAAGGAGGUUCGAGACAAGUUCCCCGAGGUCAUUAUUAACUUUCCCGACCCGUCCCAGAAGAGUGACAUUGUGCAGUUGAGAGGCCCAAAGAACGAAGUGGAGAAAUGUGCCAAGUUCCUCCAGAAAAUCAUCGCAGACUUGAUCGAAAACAGCUUCUCGCUCUCUGUUCCCAUCUUCAAGCAGUUUCAUAAAAAUAUCAUUGGUAAAGGCGGCGCUAACAUUAAAAAGAUUCGUGAAGAGACCAACACUAAGAUCGACCUUCCAACAGAAAACAGUAACUCAGAGAUGAUCGUUAUCACAGGGAAGAAAAGCAACUGUGAGGCUGCCCGAGGCCGGAUCCUGGCCAUCCAGAGAGAGCUGGCCAACAUAAAAGAGACAGAGGUCACUAUUCCAGCCAAACUGCACAACUCUCUGAUCGGCUCUAAAGGCUGCCUCGUCCGCUCCAUCAUGGAGGACUGCGGCGGCGUUCACAUCCAUUUCCCGUCUGAAGGCUCCGGCUCAGAUAAGGUCACCAUCCGAGGACCAGCGGGAGAAGUGGAAAAGGCUAAGAAACAGCUGCUGCAGCUGGCGGAGGAGAAGCAAGUGAACAACUUCACCGCGGAGCUCCAGGCAAAGCCAGAAUACCACAAGUUCCUGAUCGGCCGAGGAGGUGUAAAUAUUCGCAAAGUACGAGACAAAACGGGCGCACGCAUCAUCUUCCCAUCAGCGGACGACGUGGAGCAGGAGCUGAUCACCAUCGUGGGCAAAGAGGAAGCUGUUCGUCAGGCGCAGAAGGAGCUGGAGUGUUUGCUCAAAAACCUGGACGAUGUUGUUGAGGACACUAUGAACGUGGACAUCCGACACCACAGAUACUUUGUGUGUCGGAGGGGGCAGGUGCUGAGGGAGCUGGCCGAGGAGUACGGGGGCGUGGCUGUGAGCUUUCCUCGCACUGGAUCCAACAGUCAGAAGGUUACUCUUAAAGGGGCCAAAGACUGUGUGGAAGCUGCAAAGAAACGCAUACAGGAGAUUAUCGAAGACCUGGAGUCCCAGGUGAGCGUGGAGGUUGCGAUCCCUCAGCGUUUUCACAGAGCUGUCAUGGGCCCUAAAGGCUGCCGCAUUCAGCACAUCACCAGGGAGCACGAGGUCCAAAUAAAGUUCCCCGAGAGAGAAGAGAGCACUGCAGGCCAAGAUGCUUUACUUCAAGAGAACGGCGACAUGAGUCCUGAGGCCGAGUUCAUCCCUCGAAAGUGUGACAUCAUCACGAUCUCGGGGCGGGCGGAGAAGUGUGAAGUGGCUAAAGCUGCUCUGUUGGCUUUGGUGCCCAUCACAGAGGACGUAAAAGUCUCAUACGAGUUACACCGUUACAUCAUCGGACAAAAGGGAAGCGGGAUCAGGAAAAUGAUGGAGGAAUAUGAGGUGAACAUCUGGGUGCCACAGCCCGAGAGGCAGCUGGACGUGAUCAAGGUGACAGGUCUGGCCGCUAAUGUGGAGCGAGCGAAACUGGGUCUGCUGGAGAGAGUCAAAGAGCUUCAGGCUGAGCAAGAGGAUCGAGCUCUGCGCAGUUUUAAGGUCACACUCUCCGUUGAUCCCAAGUUUCAUCCCAAAAUCAUCGGCCGUAAAGGAGCCGUUAUUUCUCAGAUCAGAAAAGAUCACGACGUCAGCAUCCAGUUUCCAGACAAAGGCGACGAGCAGCAGGACGUCAUCGUGAUCUCGGGCUACGAGCGAAACGUGGAGGAGGCUCGUCAGGCCAUACAGCAGCUGGUGUCUGAGCUGCAGGAGAUGGUGAGUCAGGACGUGCACCUCGACCCGCGCACUCACGCCCGCAUCAUCGGCGCCCGCGGGAAAGCCAUCCGCAAGCUCAUGGAGGAGUUUAAGGUGGACAUUCGGUUUCCUCAGCCUGGAUCUGAUGAACCGGAUAAAGUGACAGUGACGGGGCUUCCAGAGACGGUCGACAGCGCCAUCGAUCACCUGCUCAACCUGGAGGAGGAAUAUAUGCUGAGCGUGACUGAAACUGAGACUUUGGCAGCUUAUAUGAAACCCCCAUCCCGAUACGGAGGAGGGCCGGGGGGGGCGGGGGGAGGGGACGACGGUGGUCCCGCUAAAGGGUUUGUGGUCCGGGACGCCCCAUGGAACGCCGCAGGGAAUAAGGCUCCAGACAUGAGCAGUGCAGAGGAUUUUCCCACAUUCGGGACCGGAAUUGCCCCAAAACAAACCUCAGCCUGGGGCCCGAAAAAGUUCUGAGUUCAUCUUUAAAGG